GACGGCAAGAGAACAUCUAUCAAAGACCUCACCUCAAAGUUUGACGAAGCCAACGUCGGGCCUGUACCCCAGGUGAUCAACCUCGCUGGCAAACCUUUCUCGAACGGAAGCAAACUAUCCGCGAGUAGUCUAAGCAAAGACGACGUAGAUGCCAAGACAAACGAAGGCCCAUCUGCACGAAGCGAGAUCUCGCAGAAGUUGGAGGCGGAAAUCUUGGAGCUGCGUGCUGAAGUCAAGAGGCUACGUGAACACAGUGUGUCCAAGGAGGAGUUCAACAAUCUAGUGUCACAGAUGAAGACACUGCAGGAGACGAUGGAGUCGAACAGGGCGCACUAUUCGAAGAUGGUGCGCGAUCUCAUGGCCGAGGUGGACGAGGAGAAGAAGCAGAGGAUGACUCUACAAGUGGAAAUCGAUCGGCUUAAGAAAAUUACUGUAACUGUCUAAUUCAUAAUGAGCAAACAAACAUGCAACCAAACAAACAGACAUAGACAAUAAGGACUGAGCGUAUGAUGAGUGAUGUUGGAUCGAACGACCGAGCUCGGGCUCUGAAGCGCGCAGCGGCGACCGAAGUGCCGCUGCUUGCCGCGAAAAAUGGGCUCACGAGAAAAAAGAGUUGAUAUCCACUUUUGUCCUCUCUUCCGC